AUGAGUUCCAAACCCGAAGAACGCGAUGGAGAUGCUGGCGAAGAAUCAGAGGAGGAAGUCUUCGCAAUGCCGCCAGGUAUAUAUCAUUUUAUAUCAAUACUAGGGUAGUAUCGUGAGAGUUUCUGCGCAGCAAAUAAGGAGUUGAAGAGAAUGAUGCAGGACGAGGGCGAUUGUACUUAAUUGCAGCGCACGCCUGCUUGGCACUUUUGCAUGGCAUUUUUUGCAUCCAGCAAAGGGUAAUAUUUUGGGCAUUUUUUGCAUCCAGCAAAGCCGCGCCAUGUAGUUUCAGCUCCAGACCAAAAUGAAAUUUCAGGUUGGGACGCCGCACCAGGGACACGGGAAACAGCAGAGGAUGACAGCGACCAAACGGAAGAGGAGGAUGAGGAGGCGGAAAUCGGGGCUGACAUCAACGAAAACCUGACAGCCGGAGUCGUGGUGGGUGGCUCUUCUGGUUCAUCGGCUCCAGGACCAGGACUUAAAGAGGAGCAGCCUUCUACUGCGAAAGCUGUUGAUAAAUCUGAGGCUGCGAAUGAGAUUGAGAAGAAGGAAGUUGUGGAGGCGGCAACCGAGAUGAAAAGGGAAGUUGCGGAGCCGACGAGUAGGGUCGAAGGCGAGGUGGACCAAAAAUCUGCAGCCUCUACGACCUCUGCCAGUGGAGCGAAAGUGGCACUCGAGAAUAGAACAAGUGCGGCACAAGCUAUGGAACGAACAACGGGACGAGGAGAUGCUGCGGUUGCAGCGUCGGGAAGUGCGACUGCCGCGGUGGCGGGAGGCGGGCCGAAGGCGCCGGUCGGGCAGAGCGAAGAAAAGGUGGGGUCGCCCAAAAACAAGGCGGGCAGCCCGGGACUAGUUUUACUACCGAACAGCGACAACAAGGCUCUGGUGCCAGAUGGGGCCGAAGGGGACUCUGGAAAUAACCCUUUAGAGCGCGCAACAGGUCGUGGCCAGCAGGGUACUGCUGAUCAGCAGCCGAAAAUAAAUGCUGUCGAACCGAACAAGGCGAGCCCCGUAUUGACAAACGGUGGGCAGCAGGAGCAGGUACCUAAACCUGCCGCACCGGAGCAGCUCUCCAGUAGUACCACGAAAGCUGAUACACACAUGGACGCAGCGCCGCCCACCGCAGCACCGUCAGGCACUGGUGGCGCUGCCACAGAAGGGACCAAGGGUACCUUUCGUCCUACAGUCGGGAGCACAGCUAGACUAAAUGAGAAAGAACCACAACUGGGUGCUGCAUCUUCUGGUGCGCUACCCACUACUUCUGCACAGCAGCCGGCAGUCUCUACAGUUGCGAGUCCAUCGGCCGGAGAAGUAGCGCAGAAAAAUGCCGAAUCUGCAGCGGUGAACACAACUUCGAGCGGCAGUUUGAUUCCAUUAGCAGAGGCGAGCGGGCUUCAGGCGGGUCAGGCAAAUGCCAACUCGGUAGGAGAGUCGACGACCAUGGCUUUCAGCCCAGAAGCAUUUGAAGAAGACGAGGACGAUGACGACGACGAGGAUGAGGACGAGAUCACGCCGCGAGCAGUUUUCGAUGAUGAUACCGGAGAGUUGCACUCCUAUGAAACAGAGCAAGCUGUACCUCUACCUCUGCCGGCGCACUUAUCAGAUACAGAAGUGCGUGUUGCAACAUCAAGUGAAGCUUUUUUUUUCUGAGGACAGCAACAGGUGGCGUGUUGUAACCACAGAAGCAGAAGUAAAUCUCGUCAAUCCGUUCAGUGAAUGCAUGAAGAUCGAAGGUGGGAGCUAAGGCUAAGUAAAAAUGUAUGCCGUUUAUCAAAUAUCAAGUACAAGAAGUUCCUGAAAUGGAACGUAUGUUAAUGUUACACAGCCAAUAUGCAUGUCUUUUGAGUAUGUGAGAGGAUUAAGGCUCACGCAUUCGUUAUCUGACACCAGGCAAGUUCAGGUACUGUGGGGCUUUUCAGUUUCACAGAGAAAGCGUCGCACAACUCACCCAGUUUCCGCGAAGGUGUCUUGCGGAUCUCACAUGGCCGCCACCGCAACUGAAGUGUGCCAAGGUAAAGAUUUUAAGUUUUUUCCUUCAUUUGCUUUUUGUUUCGAACUCCGUGUUCUUGAGAAAUUAGUGCAACCAAUAAAAGUUGCUGCGGACGCAGGAUGUGCUUUGUAUUUGAGUAUGAAGAUUAACAGGCGACUUAAGUAAUAGUAAUUGAAACCUUGUCCGAAGGGUUCGUUUGUCGUUGCCCAUGUAGUUCGUGAGUCGUUUUUCUUUUUUUCCUACGUAUUGAUUGUCUGCAGCCGCUCAGUACUUAUUUGCAUGAUUAAUGAUUUGUGCACAGGUUCUGCGCCCAAAUCCGUUUGACGACAGCCGAGCGGGCGAGAUGACGGCACAGGGCCACUGGCGCGUAGUAAUCGACGAGCAGGACCACUUGAAGAACAAGCCCAACACGGCGGCGGCGGACGGGCAGCAGUACGCAACUAACUUUGUGGCGUUCUACCUGCACCGGCGACUGUUUGGCGAAGACGUGAAAGAGAUCCCCGGGGCAGCUGACGGUGUGGCGACCACGUCCGGCACUACUAGCACUUCUACUGCCGGGACUGCGACUGCCUCCAAAGGAAGCGAAAACAAUAAAACGGGGUCGGCGACCACGUCGAGCAGUGCAACCGCAUCUUCAAGUGGCACCACGGCAGGUACAACUACUGCGUCGUCCUCCUCGUCCGCAGGUGCGCCGGACGAGGCGUCGUUGACGAUCAGCGCGAAACUGCAGGAGCAGUACCCGGUGAUUCACUUUCUGAAGCGGGGGAGCCAGACUCUGCAGGAGAAGCUGAAGCUGCUGAUGUCGUUGCUGCAUGAUAACAACAAAAACCGGCGGCGAGAGCCCAAGGAGCUAAUCGAGGCCCUGUGGUACACACUGAGCCCGGAGGAGCAGCAGCACGUGCACAAGAAUUUGCCGGAUUUGGCGAAGUACGCGAAAGUAGCGAAGCGACCGCGACCGGCAGCGGAGGCUGGCACUGCUGACCAACAACUACACCCGGCGAAGCUGCAAAGAGUGUCGCCCGGAGGUAGAUCGGGGGUGGGCGGCGGGGGGGCCAACAAAGCAGCGCCGGGGUCGAUUGCAGCAAGCAGUUCCGCGAUUAGGCCGGGAACAACCUCCACUUCGACGGCCACUGCAGGUGGACUACAACAGGUCGGUCCUUCAAGGACUGCUGGCGUACUAGGCGCCCCACCACCCCCCGCGGCGACCGCGAAAGCAGCCGCACUGAGUACAAACAAAACCGAACAGCAGAUCGUGGACGACGCAAAUUUUGUGGUGACGGACGACGGCGUCACGACGCUGCGGGUCAUGAAUCUGCCCGUGGGCGUGAAAGCCCAGGAGCUGGGGCAGGUGUUCCAGAGCUAUUCUGUCCUGGGGGUCAACGUGAAGAAGUCCAAGAAAAACGACCGCUAUGUCGGCUUCGUGCGCGUGGCGAACCGGCCCCAGGCCAAGCUCGCGAUAGAAGCAAUGGAAGCGAAGAAGCUCAAGUUCGGCGACAUUCUCCUCAACAUUGCAAUCGACGAAGCCCAAACAAGGGUCGCCCAGCAGGCCGUGGAAGCCCAGAGGAAGCAGGCCGAAAGUGCCGCGUCUGGCCUCUCCAAUGUCAGCAAGGAAGAGAUCCAGAAAAAGGUAUUUUUUCUAUACUUUCAUAUACACGGCAUGAUUCGGUUUCGUUACGGUUCUUGCAUCUGGUGUUACUGGUACAACGACUGGAACUACAAGAACUUCAAUUCCAACCGAAGAUCAGGAGUAAUCGAAAUCCCCGAUCUUUACUGUCUCGGAGCCGUAUGUUUCUGCGCAAACAGACACGGAAAUAGAAACUGCAAGCGAAGCUUCAAGAUAAACAUAAGCACAAAAAAUUCGAACACAGGUUUGGGUACCGCGGGUCACGUUCUCAAAUCGGGUUCUGGGGAUACAGAUGUCACGACUAAAGUUGACCGACCAGGGUCUUGCAGAGUGGUGCCAAUGGGUCCCGAAGGUUCUCACCGAGCUGGAGAAGCAUAAUCGAGGCAAAUUAGCCAAUGCAGUGCUCGAUUUUUCGCACAACCAGCUAACCGACGCCGGGGUAGGACAACUGGUCGAAAUGCUGAAGAAGCAGCGGGUGCACGUUGCGGACCUGUCGCUCGGUCACAAUCUUCUCACAGACCAGAGCAUGCGCUCCCUUGGCGAGCUGGUCACAAGCCAGACAGACCCCAUGCACAAACUGGGGCUCGAAUCCAACACGUUCACCGCUAAAGGCAUACUUUACCUGUCGCGAAAGUUGAAAAACAACACAAACAGCAGCUAUCCAAGGUAUGACUACCACCUAAAGAAAUCCUUUGACUUCCAACACAUUCACAUUCCCAUAGCGAUAGCAGAACAGAAGUACGAUUUCAAAUUCAGUUUUAUGUCGUGACUCAGGUAGUUCAUGUUGUAUCGAGACGCUUGCGAGACCGAGAGUAUCCGUACCCGCUCCCUAGCGUUUGCGAUAUGAGCUGAACGUGAGCAUGAGGAUAAGGAGUUGAAUGCACAUAUAGCUUAUUUGUAUGAAGAUACUUCUGCUACUGGCUCGAAGCUCAAAUUACGUACACCUCAGGUUCGACCAGACGACGCUGAAAUACGUGAGUUUUCAGCUGUCGGUCCGCGGAAACGAGAACCUAGACGCCAACGAGCUCCUCGCACUCCUGGCGCAAAAUGACAUUGCGCAGUGCCAAAAGUUGCAGGAAGGUCGAGGGAGCACGUCGCUAAACUGCCCUAUGCUCUACCUGCCCGGCCUCACCUCCGUGGAAGUCUUAGGUUCUUAAUAUUGACAGCGACUCUAGUACUAGAGAUGUUCAGUUCUUUUCACGAUUUCUACUCCAUUAUGAUGAUGUUUCUGUCUGUCCAUAGCUGCCAGUUCAGUUUGAAAUUGGAGUGCACAGACAUUAACGAAGGGAAUUUUUUUACUUUUCAAAACGAAAAUCGGAACUACAGGUAGCGAGAUGCCCACGAGAAGCAAAGCGGCCGGGCCCGCAUUGAUGCACCCAAAUGUGGAUGAGGAUGUAAGUCGCGCACUGGGCCCUGAAAUGAUGGCAACGGUCUUCGGGAAAGCCCCUCCGGCGAAGGCGUCGGCGCACCCCGCCGGAUGGCAGAUGGAUCCCUGGCGCAAGGGCGGUGGGGGUGCCCACCCUUCAGCAGGCUUCGGCCACGGGCACCACGCCUAUCAUGGCGGCUACGGCGGCGCGCAUCCCCAGGGUGCGUAUGGACUUCACCAUCCCGGUGCGUACAAGGGAGCAGGGGGACACCCGGCAGCGUACAAAGGCGCCGGAAAGCGAACGGUCCGCGCAAGCGAUUUCAAACCAAACGGCAAGGGCGGCAGACUCUACUAGAGCGGGAUUCAUUCUGUAAUAUUGUUGAAAUAGGCUUAGACGGUUUAAACUGCGUAGUCGAGUAAAUCUAUCUAUAUUGAAACGCAGCCAUCAUCAAGAACAGGUUGUAGAUGUACUUAUGUAUCCAAAGCACCCUCCUCGCUCUUGGUAUACUACACUUGUUUUCGUCGGUGGCGGCUCAGAAUCAGAUGACGGAAGAUCGAAUCAAGCGACGAUUUCACAACUGAAGCAAACAUCAACGUCUGUGUAGAAAAAUAACGUGUCAUAUGGCGAAAAGGUCAAUGUCUGAAUCGCCCGAACGCCCCGUUCGCAUUUUCAGAGAUUUUCAUGAGACCCGAGCGACCCCCCUCCAGCUGGACUAGCGGUAUGCGACAAUAAACCUGAAAGGACGCCACGCAGGGUCGUGAUUAUCAGCGCUCUAGUACUGCGCGACUGAUUCUCGCAGCUGUGCUGCUGAGCCCUUAUUCGAAUCUGAUGAAUUAAGGGACACGUAUAAUACGUGCGUACACAAAUUGCAGUUGAGUGUUGUUCUAGGACAGCAUGGAUUUCUUUGUUGUCCAAUCAUCUUCGUUUACGAGCACAAGUGCGAAGUCAGGUGGUCCUUGACACAGCAUAUGACACAAACGUAGUUUUAUGAAGUGACUACAAAUCGGUCGUUAACAUAUCAACGAGAAGUCUUGAUGUCAAUCAUUUUAUACGGUUGUUGUGUAACCACACUCGUAUGAAUGAAAAA